UCCCAGCUCGGCCUCUCAGCCUGGCUACAGCCAGCGGCCCGAGCACGGCACAACACCACAACGCCCCCCCCCCGGAAGCGCAUCGGGAAGCCCGCGGCUUCCUGCCUGCGCGUGCGCGCUGCCGGUUUUACGUCACUUCCGGCGGCGGCGUUUGAGUACGGAGCGCGCCAAGGCGUGAGGUUCAAAAUGGCAAAUGUGCUCCAGGACACAUGUACACUUGAAGCUUCUUAUUCUGAAAGUGUUGAUGCUGAGCUGUCCUUUCUGCCUGAAAGACUGAGAAAGAAACUGCUUCCUUUUCAGGAGAAAGGCAUCAUGUUUGCACUUCAGAGGAGUGGCAGGUGUAUGAUUGCUGAUGAGAUGGGACUAGGUAAAACAAUUCAAGCAAUUGCUAUUUCCUACUACUACAGGAAGGAAUGGCCUCUCUUAAUAGUAGUGCCUUCAUCUCUGAGAUAUCCUUGGGUUGAUGAGAUGGAGAAGUGGAUUCCAGAACUAUCUCCAGAUGAUAUUAUUAUCAUUCAGAACAAAACUGAUAUUGGGAGAAUAUCAAGCAGCAAAGUGACAGUUCUGGGAUAUGGCCUGUUAACUUCUGAUGCCCAGACUUUAGUAGACGCUCUGUAUAGGCAGAACUUCAAGGUAGUUGUGAUUGAUGAAUCACACUAUAUGAAAUCCAGGAAUGCUAAACGCAGCAAGAUUUUAUUGCCAAUUGUGCAGAAAGCCACUAGAGCAAUUCUUCUUACUGGAACUCCUGCUCUGGGAAGACCUGAAGAGCUUUUCAUGCAGAUUGAGGCACUUUUUCCAGGAAGAUUUGGAACUUGGAGUGAAUAUGCCAAAAAAUACUGUGAUGCUCGUUUGAGUGCUCAAGUUGGAAGGAUGAAUCCUUUCAAGGACAGCCACAGACUGAAGAAAAGAUAAGAGCAAAAGUUGUAGCUGUCUUCCAUCUGUCUAGCAAUCUGAGUGAGUUAUGCCUUUAUUUUGCCAGUGUAGAAAUGAGUCCUCACCUCCUUCCACACUGGUCAUAAUCGGCCAUCUGAAAUCAACAGUAGUUUAUAAGCCCAGUAAAGCUUAAAAUUCCUUUUUUUUUUUUUUCUUCCCUCUUUUAAGGAAAAAAUUACCAGUAAUUACCAGUAUAAUUUACAUACUUGUAAAAUACUCUCCUGUCCUUGAGAAAUGCCACCUGGGCUUUUCUCCAAACCCAGCAAAAUCUGCCAUGCUAUGUAUUUUGUUGCUUCUUGGCAAUGUUGAUACAGAAGGGCUCUUCUCUUGCAACAUGUCCUUGAAAAUAAAAGAAAGAAAAAGAAACACAGCUAUUAAUUUAUUUCUCUUUUUUAGCCUUGAGCUUUUUAACUUUUAAACUUCCUCUGUUUAGCCUUGCUUUUUCAAUACAAUUACAUUUCAAACUGAAUCACAGAAUCACAGAAUUGUAGGGGUUGGAAGGG